AUGCCAUUGCCUGAUGAAGAACAAUCUAGUGAGCUUCUUCGUGCUCAAUCUCACGUUUGGAACCAUAUGUUCAAUUUUAUAAAUUCCAUGUCUCUCAAAUGUGCAAUUCAAUUAGGCAUACCAGAUAUUAUCCUUAAACAUGGCAAACCAAUGACACUACUCGAAUUAGUCGAUACCCUCCCUAUCAAUAAAGCGAAAGCGCAUGGUGUGUACCGUCUAAUGCGAAUUCUGAUCCAUUCAGGGUUCUUCAUCGAAGAAAAAAUUUCUGAGAAUGAAGAAAAGAAGGGAUAUUGGCAAACACCAGCUUCUCGUCUCCUCGUAAAAGACGAGCCAUUUAGCUUGGCCCCAUAUCUUCUAGUUGUGCUUGAUCCGAUUUUGACAGAGCCAUGGCACUACGUAGCUGAGUGGUUCAAAGAUGACCAACCCACGCCAUUUAGUACACUACAUGGGAGGAGCUUCUGGGGCUAUGCUAGCCAUGAUCCGAAGCUGAACCACUUAUUCAACAAUGCCAUGGCUAAUGAUUCACGGUUGAUUACAAGUGUGGUUAUUAGAGAUUGUAAACAUGUAUUUGAGGGUUUGAAUUCCAUGGUAGACGUAGCAGGUGGCACCGGGACGAUGACCAAGGCCGUUGCUGAAAUGUUUCCAAAGUUGAAAUGUACUGUGCUUGAUCUUCCACAUGUUGUUGCUGGCUUGAAAGGGACUAAGAACUUGUGCUACGUUGGAGGAGACAUGUUUGAGUCUAUUCCUCAAGCAGAUGCAAUCUUACUCAAGUGGAUAUUACACGAUUGGAGUGAUGAAGAGUGUAUAAAGAUAUUGAAGAAAUGUAGAGAAGCGAUACCGAGCAAGGAAGAAGGAGGAAAACUGAUAAUUAUUGACAUGAUUAUAGUCAACAUUCAGAAAGAAGAAGAGAAAAUUACUGAAUCCCAACUCUUCUUUGAUAUGAUGAUGAUGGUUGUUGCUGGUGGAAUAGAGAGAGAUGAGAGAGAAUGGACGGAGCUCUUAAAAGCUUCUGGCUUCGCUCACUACAAGAUAAUCAAUAAAUUAGGAUCGAGAUCUCUCUUUGAAGUUUACCCUUCUUGA